ACAGAGCAGGACAGAGACAGUAACAGUGUGUAACAGAACAGGAGCUUUAAUAUCUUUCUGAAGUGGAGUUGGUGUGGAGAUCGGUGAGAGUGAACUCAGGAUGAAGAUCCUCCUCAUCUUCACCCUCUGUCUGAUCUCAGAUGGAGGAGCCUCCAAGCAAGUAACAGGAUAUUCAGGAGGAGGAGUCCUUAUCAAGUGCAAGUAUGGUGCAAAAGUCAAAAGAAGUCCAAAAUAUGUCUGUAAGGGUCCAAAGAGAGACUGUUCUGAACAAAUAAAGACAGCAGUUAAAAACGAGUGGGUAAAUUCAGGAAGAUUCUCACUGUUUGAUGACACCAAAUCAUCAGUGUUCUGGGUGAUGAUCAGAGCGCUCACUGUACAGGACACUGGGACGUACCACUGUGGAGUUUAUAUAUCUAAUGGGAAUGACAUUCACACAUCGGUGGAACUGAAGGUAAAUGAAGAUCAGUCCUACAAGAAGUUCAUCCAUAAGACUGUCCAUGUAGGUGGAGAUUUGAAUGUCAGCUGUAAAUACCCAGAAUCCCUCAGGAGUAAUCCCAAGUUUUUCUGCAAGAGGCUUCAAAAUGGUGCGUGUUCUUACAAAGACUCUGUUAAUGAAAAUAAAAAAUAUGUAAAUAAGGGGAAAUUCUCCCUGUAUGAUGACAGAGCAAAACAAAUCUUCAGUGUGAGUAUUAGAGAUGUAACUGAGCAGGACUCUGGUGAAUACUGGUGUGGAGCUGAAGCAGCCUGGACAUCUGGUCGUGGAUACAAGGUUUAUUUCACACGGAUCAACCUGACAGUUACUGGAUUUCCAGCUUCCACUGUGAUCACUGUGUCUGUAAUUCUGCUGCUGUUUCUGAUUGGAAUCAUAAUCCUCACUGUGGCUUUACAAAAGAGAUGCAGGAUACAAGCAGGAACAGCUUCUGUUGGCAGGCAUUCUGACCAAACCUUAGGAAAUGACCAGGGGGUGUCUCUUGCUCUGUGUGACUAUGAGGAGAUGAAAUAUGCUGAACAUCUGAUUUACACAACAGUGAUUUUUUACAGCAGUGCCACCAGCUCUAAUGAUGCAGCUCCAAGCAUUAAGGAUGAGGUGUUGUGUGACUAUACUUCAGUCACUUACACUGCUGUAUGUGGAUAGAUUAUAGGAUCAUGAUUAAUGCUCCAAGCAUGUGAUACUGGAUCUCUACUAUUUUGUUCAGAUAUCAUUUCUUCUUCUUCUUCUUCCCUCUAAACCUAAAUGUGCCAAUAUAUUUGUUACAUGUAGAACCAGUAAACUGUCUUAAUAAGAACUAAGUGAAUAGAGUAAGGGUAAUUGUGUAUUUUGGACAAAAUGUUGGAUUUUCUAUAUUCUUUAGAAAGCUCCAAGUCCAUAGUUUCUCUCCGCUCUUAGCUAACUGUCAUGAUUGCAUUAUUGCACUGUAUGUCAGUCCUUAACUCUUAACUUUGAUUAGGUCUAGCUAAUAGCAGUGUUGUAUCAGUAUUAUGUUAAUCAUCAGAAAACAUAAUUUAUUAUCAUUUAUUUCUUGCCAGGACUUCAACUGUGAAUGUCAUUGUCGCACUGCUACACUGUAGAAUUAGCGUCUUUGAAGCCCAAGGCAACGUAAAGUAGGAGCUAAUUUGUAUAACUUUGAGCUCUUGUAACUGUCUAUUAACAAGAUGCAUAAUGUUUUGUUAUAAAAGAAUAAGUGUUGAUUUUUGUGAGAGAAAUGUGUUCCCUGCUUGACCAUGUUGUUGUUCAGUACUAUGUUGUUGUUAUCUAGACUCCAACCCGAUUAACACUAUCCUAGCAGUUCUGUGUCUGUCCAUUAAAUCUGUGUUUGUGCU